GAAAGUUUGGUUGAAAAUAGUGGUCGAGAUUAACCUGGUUUAGAUCGAGGUCUUCAAAAUGCCGUCUUUUUAACACGCAAUUUCAAUCUCAGCUCAAUUAGAUUCGCGAAACAUUUUUCAGCUCAAAUGCAAGUUCGUUUGCUUGUUUGCGAAUUACUGCGGAGUAUUAUAUUAUCGCGAGGUUUUCUAUUUCAUCUGCCGUAGGUUUUGAUGUUCUGAGCUCUGUAUAGAGCUUCAGAUUAUGAGUAUACAUAUUUCUUCUCCUUAAAAAGGAUGCCCGGAAUACCAUUGACGCCCCGCGGAGCUUCUCACUCAGGAGCUGCUGAUCAGAUGUGCCGUCACGACUCCCACGGGCACUUGUCUGCAGAGGAGGAAAUCGCAGCUGAAGAAAGUCUUACGAUAUACUGUAAACCUGUUGAACUGUACAACAUUCUUCAACGUCGAGCUGCUAAAAAUCCGUCUUUCCUACAAAGAUGUUUGCGGUACAAACUCCAAGCAAAACAUAGAAAAAGGAUACAAAUGACAAUUUCUCUUCCCGCAACUUUAAAUAGCGGUUCACAGAUUCAAAGUAUGUUUCCUUUGUGUAUAUUGUUGGCUAGGCAAGUUCCAAUUCCUGUAGCUUCUGAGUACUCUGCCGUCUAUUGCUUUAAGCGCGCAUGCAUGUUAACCUCUUGCUCCGGAGUUGACAAGAUGAAUCAGGCAUAUGCAAAAUUUGUACUCCCUGAAUUGAAUAAGCUAUCCGUAGAGAUUGAGGCGGCCUCUCUUGUAAUUCUUUUUAUUAGCUGUGCUGAGAUAGCCAAGGACCAUAUGGAUAUGUCAUAUUUUCCUUCCAAUGUUGAAGGGCACUGCUUAUUGAGUAGGAUGUCUAUGGAACUGCCUUAUCUAUCUUUGGAAAAGUCUUCAAACUUGGGUCUUGGAGAAAGAGCGGAGAUGUUUUCAACUGUUGACUUGUGCCCCUGUUUCAUGAAGUUAAGCUAUUUGGACAAACAUGGGUGUGUCUCUUUUCAGUUUCCUAAAUCACUUGGAGCUGCGGAUACAACACAUGAGAUUAAAGUUAGUGUUGCUGCAGAAGAAGUUGGCGCACAGGAGAGAACACCAUAUGAUUCAUACUCCUACAGUGAAGUUCCUAACUCAUCCUUGCAUCAUGUUAUGAGGCUUAGGACUGGAAAUGUUGUUUUCAACUAUAGGUACUAUAACAAUAAGUGCAUGCGAACGGAAGUGACAGAAGACUUCACAUGUCCUUUCUGCUUGGUAAAAUGUGCAAGCUAUAAGGGCCUGAGAUAUCACUUAUCAUCUUGUCAUGAUCUAUUCAAUUUUGAAUUUUGGGUUACUGAAGAAUAUCAAGCUGUAAAUGUGUCUGUUAAAACUGAUGUAUGGAGAUCUGAGAUCAUUGCUAAUGGUGUCGAUCCUAAGCAGCAAACAUUUUUCUAUUGUUCAAAGCCCUUAAGACGCAGAAAAUCACAAAAUGUUCAGAAUGGAAAGCAUGUACAUCCACUGGCCUUUGAUUCAGAAUCUCCCCCAGCAAUCAAUGGUCAUCAGACCACGAAGGAUGGAAUGAACAAUUUAGAUACCGUCAUUUGUGAUGCAUCAAGUCCCAAUGCUACUGGUGUAUCAUUAGCUACAGAACAUCAAAAUCCAGAUCCAGACUGUUCACAAUCCUUGCCUAUAAGCAGUUUAGCACCACCUGCAAUGCUUCAGUUCGCAAAGACCAGGAAGUUAUCAGUGGAGCGUUCUGAUCCAAGAAAUCGCACACUUCUACAAAAGAGACAAUUCUUUCACUCACACCGAGCCCAGCCUAUGGAAAUGGAACAAGUUUUAUCAGAUCAGGAUAGUGAGGAUGAAGUUGAUGAUGAUGUUGCAGAUCUUGAAGACCGGCGGAUGCUUGAUGACUUCGUUGAUGUUACCAAAGACGAGAAGCAAAUGAUGCAUCUCUGGAAUUCAUUUGUGAGAAAGCAAAGGGUGCUUGCAGAUGGGCAUAUUCCAUGGGCAUGUGAGGCCUUCUCAAAGCUACAUGGUCAAGAUUUUUUUCGGACUCCUGCACUGCUGUGGUGCUGGAGAUUAUUCAUGAUAAAACUAUGGAAUCAUGGUCUUCUUGAUGCUCGUGCCAUGAACAACUGUAACAUGAUUCUUGAACAAUUUCAAAACCAAGAGGGUGACAAACCAAUAACCUAACCAUGCAUAUAUGUUCGUUCUUUUGAUUUUUGGGGGCGGACUGCUCGUGAUCAAGUUCCAGUCCCAAGACUUCUGACCGACACACAUAUAUGCUCUCCUGCUUUUGCAAGUCUUGGGCUGUUGGCCAUCCAUCUUGUAGUAUCCUUUCCGGUCUUAAAGAUGAGUGGAGUGCCCUGUUUGGUAGUUUUUUUCCCAUGUAUGCUUUGGUUAUAGUACAGUAAACAUAUUCAAGCAUCCUAAUUGUAAAAAAAGUAUGUCGGGUCUUCACUCGACCAUUUGUAAAUAGAAUUAUUCAAAACUCCAAACACAUUCAACUGAUGUUCGUGCAAGGAAACUUCACCAGUGCACCACCCUCUUCUGGUUAAGUGUCACAUUUUCAAACAAUGAAACAAGUAUAAAACACGAAAUGUUUUAUUAACUUUGGUAAAAAA